CUUCAUAACCAACUCCUCUCCCACCAAUUUUUUUUCUUCUUCCUCCUCCCCACAUUCUUCGCCAUUCACGCAAUUGGGAUUUCCCGGGAAAAAAAUCCUUCCCAUCUCCGCGCAAGCUUUGUGCUUCAACGUAGACUUACCGUCAGAUUUUCAUCUUCCCCAGCAGCGGACUUGGGAGCAAUCUGUGGAGGAAAAGUUGGACAAGGAAGCUUGACCCGUCAUCACCUAAGUAUCUAGCUACAACAAACUCCCUUUCGAAGCUAUUUUAUGGUCGAAUUGUCUCCAAACAUUCCAGACACGCUCUGAAUCCCCCACCCCCUUCCCCCGCUACCCUGCUUUCCUGCUCUCAUAGCAGCCUGCCAACACGGCCUCUCAAACGGGCAAAGCGGACCACGAUUGUCCAUUUACCCCCCCUCUCCGGUAUUGUUGCAUAAUUCUGGGUCACCACGGAGUGCCAUUCAAGACGACGCCGUUCCUCGAGAGCCAGUUCCUCCUUUUCUUAAAUUCGCUCUUUGAACCUCCAUAACCUUUCUCCUCCUCCUCUACCUCCCUUUUUCCCGUCGCAUCAUCCUCCAUUCAGCCUCGUCUGAUCGAGAAUUCUUGGCUGCGGCCCACCCCCCUCCUCCAAGCUUCGCCACCAGGGAUAAUCAGCCAGAUUUCUCUAUCAUAUUACCAAUCUUCUAUUCCUUCCUCAUACUACCUCCAUACUCUCUCACUACCCGACUUUGCUUUAUAUUUGCUAGAGACAACUGCUUCGUUACUAAACACCCAUACCUUGGCUAGACAAACAGAGAAUGGGUCAGCAGCCUUCCAAGAGACCAGGCGAAAAGGGUAGCGCGCCGGCAAGCUCCUCCACGACAUCGCUCGGCGUAGAUGGAAACACCUUACCGAUAACAAAGUCGGACACUCAAGGCUCUACAAGAUCUAUUCGCGGAUCGAUUCGUAAUAAGAUUGCAGCCUCGACCAACAAGGAUAGUCCUUCGACCUCUCUCGCUGCUCUUCCUAGUGCUACAGACAAGUCUGAUGCAGCUUCCGUUCGGUCCUCGACCAGUGCACGAUCACGACGAGAGUCCAGAAGUUCUAACCCUAAUCUUCCUCCAUCUUUAACCUCCUCUCUCUCUCGGUCCGUACCGAACUCCGAACCUUCCACGUCAACGAAUACCCCUUACGGUUCUACCAACUCUCUGGUUCCCCCACCGGCCACUCUGCGGUGGAGGGUGGAAAGAAUAAGGAGGUGGACCAUGUCUCUGAUGUGCCUGCUGGAUCUGGUUCCAUGCAACCUCCCCAUUUGCAAGCGCCCAAGGAAUCGAUUUUGAUAAAGCGGCCGGGCGCUCCGAACCCUGUCACCAUCGGAAAUGGGUCCACAGAGGGUGGUUCGCCUGGA